GCGCGGGCACCUCCCGCCGCGGCGCAGUUCCCCCGCCGCUUAGGCUCCGGCGGUGGUGCAGCUCAUGCCUCCCGGCGCGGAGCGCGCAGGUGGGCCGGCCGCCGUGUGGAGAUAGGCCCCCGGGGGCAGCGGCGGCUGGACCAUGGCCCGGAGACCCGGGGCGCCGGCCGCCUAUGGGGAGGACUUCUCCUUCGUCAGCCCGCUGGUGAAAUACCUGCUCUUCUUCUUCAACAUGCUCUUCUGGGUGAUUUCCAUGGUGAUGGUGGCUGUGGGCGUCUACGCUCGGCUGAUGAAGCAUGCAGAGGCGGCGCUGGCCUGCCUGGCUGUGGACCCGGCCAUCCUGCUGAUCGUGGUGGGCAUCCUCAUGUUCCUGCUCACCUUCUGCGGCUGCAUCGGAUCUCUCCGCGAGAACAUCUGCCUCCUGCAGACGUUCUCUCUCUGUCUCACCAUCGUGUUCCUGCUACAGCUGGCAGCUGGCGUCCUGGGCUUCGUCUUCUCAGACAAGGUGCGGGGCAAAGUGAGUGAGAUUAUCAAUAAUGCCAUCGUGCACUACCGAGAUGACUUGGACCUUCAGAACCUCAUAGAUUUUGGCCAGAAGGAGUUCAGCUGCUGUGGAGGGAUUUCCUACAAGGACUGGUCCCUGAACAUGUAUUUCAACUGUUCAGAAGACAACCCCAGCCGUGAGCGCUGUUCUGUGCCUUACUCCUGUUGCUUGCCUACCCCCAACCAGGCAGUGAUCAACACCAUGUGUGGCCAAGGUAUGCAGGCCCUUGACUACCUGGAAGCUAGUAAAGUCAUCUACACCAACGGCUGUAUUGACAGAUUGGUCAAUUGGAUACAUAGCAACCUCUUCGUACUUGGUGGUGUGGCACUGGGCCUGGCCAUCCCCCAGCUGGUGGGAAUCCUGCUGUCCAUGAUCCUCGUGAGUCAGAUCAAAGAUCAGAUCAAACUACAGCUCUACAAUCAGCAGCACCGGGCGGACCCAUGGUACUGAAGAUCCGUCCUACACCUCCUCUGUAGGGCAGCAGGCGAGCCUCAUCAACCGACGGCAGUGGUUACAGCUGCCGGCACCUAGCGGGAGAUUGGAUUCCAGCCCUGCAAACCACAGCCCAGCGGGAGGAAGCAAACUCCAGGCAGCAGAAGGCAGGGUGCACAGGUGGCUGUAGUCUGAGAAGGAUGUGCCUCCUCUCCUCAUCCCAGCUCUCAGCAUUGUUAUUUUGUAUUCUCUCUAACCUCAAUCAUUUGGGUUUAUGUUUUUGUUUUGUCUGAGACAGAUGCUUGAGCAACAGCAGUUACACAGAGUUGUGGGGGCACUGGGCUUUUCACCGAGCCAUGACAACUGACGGCCCUACUAGGGCUGCUACUGAGCUUGACCAACAUACUUAGAUUCUUACUGUUGCCAGCAAGCCCUGCCUGGAGUCCAGUUGGCAUGAUACCAGCUCCAGAAGGGACCGGGGUGGAGCAGGCAGUGAGCCUGGGGGUCGACUGGGGACAGCAGUCUGCAUUGGGUAGGAGUGGAAGGCGAUGUGUUUACUAACUGCCUGUCCUGCCACCCUCCCAGGUAGUCAGAGUGAGCUACAUCCUGCCCCUCCCUCAUUUCCAUGGAAACGUGGCAGCAAGGGCAAGGGGUACAACAGCAACCAAAUUCAUCUCUUCUCCUUUCCCUUAAAAAAUGUUUGGAACCAUAGUCUAUAUUCUGCAGCCAGCAGAGGUGGGACUGAGCCAUAGGCGCCCUUGAAUCCCACCCUGUAUGGCCCUCCCUGCCCAGUAAGUGGAUUUUCUUUUUAAACAUUGGCAGUGUGCAGAGAAAGAGAAGUUAACACCCGCCCACCACCGCCAUUCCUCUGCAGCAGAGCUCAGUGUAAGCAGGGAUCUUGCUGGGGCUGGGGGAGCCAGAAAUGGCAAUAAAAGUUUGUUGACCUGGA